GUUUUCUCCCACCACCCCCACCUGGUUCAUUUUGACACCUUAGAAAACAAGAGAGAGAGAGAGAGAGAGAGAGACCAAGCAGCCUAAAUCCUCCUAUGCCCAUUCCUCUUCCUCGGGCACCGCUCUUUGUCUCUAAUGGCGAAGGCGGUGUUUCGCACCCUUGUAGCUAUUGCCUUCAUCGUCCUGAUCAUCAUGGUCUUCUCCCCCUCCUCACAACACGGUCGAGACUGUCGUGGCCUACAUCGUCGUCUUGGCCACAACUUUCCUGUUUCUACUUUUGACCCUCUAGUUGCUAAAAUUGAGAGGUCGGCCCAAAAAAAUGAACUGGGUGGCCUCGUUAAUCCACUGAAUCUCGCAGAUGUUUCCCUCACCGACGAGGUUGUAGAAGCACGCGAAUAUUUUAGUGAAGGAAAAUUGAACAUAACAUUAAGGUUGAUGGUUUUGUUUCCUUUCUUAGACACGGAGCCAAAUGAUGGGGUUAUUAGUUUCAAGGAGCUAGAGGAUUGGAUUGCACAGCAAGCGCAUGACAGAUUGAAUUAUAGAACAGAGAAAGAGUUGGCCUUGCGUGACAAAGAUGGUGAUGGAGCCAUAUCUUUCAUGGAGUAUCUACCUCAUUUUUCCAAUGAAGAUAUAGAGAAAAAUGGCAUGGAGCAUGGUGAAGCUGGAUGGUGGAAGGUGCAACUUGAGAAUGCAGAUGCUGAUCAAAAUGGAUCUCUUAGCUUUGAUGAGUUUAAAGAUUUUCUGCAUCCGGAAGACAGUCACAACGAAAAAGUUCAAAGUUGGAUUUUGGGAGAAAAGAUCAAGCUGAUGGACCAGGAUGGUGAUGGGAAACUCAAUUUUGCAGAAUUCCUUGAACAAGCAUAUGAUAUUCUCAAGAAUUAUGUUUACUUUGAAACUGCGGGGGCUUAUGUACCCACAGCCGAAGAGAACUUUGCAAUGCUUGAUGUGAACAAUGACAAAUUCUUGGCAGUGGAAGAAUUGAAACCCAUACUCCAUUACAUUCACCCAGGAGAACUGUCAUAUGUAAAAUAUUACAGUAGUCAUCUAAUUCAUCAGGCUGAUGAUAACAAAGAUGGGAAUUUAUCAAUUGAUGAGAUGCUCAAUCACGACCAUAUUUUCUAUAACACAGUCUACAACGAAAGCAAUGAAGAUCUUGAUGACGAUUACCAUGAUGAGCUUUGAAGAGUGAUCUCCAGAAUAUUUGUAACACCCAGGCCCAGCAUCAAGUCAAGGGAGAUAUAAAAUUUUCUUUUAGGGUUAUUAUGUACUUGAGAUUUAACAAGUAAUUUUGGAAUAGGCUACGAGCUUCAAAAUUUAUUUUGAUGGAAUAUGGAUUUUUGGGCAGAAAUUUCAUCUAACGGGCCGAUAUUUCAUAAACCUCAUUUGAGAUUGAUUGAAGAAUUUAUUAUAAA